AUGGCGAAUAAAACUCAAUGUUUUACAUGCAACAAGGAAAAAAUAACUUAUCCUUGUGACGGAUGUUCACAAAGAUUUUGUUUAAUACAUUUACCAGAACAUCAACAAAAACUGAAUGAAGAAUUAAAUCAUAUUAUUGAUGAUUAUAAUGAAUUUACAGAAAGAAUUAAUGGGCAAAAACAAAAUCUACACAAUCAUUCAUUAAUAAAACAAAUUAAUCAAUGGGAAAGAAAUUCAAUUGAAAGAAUUCAACAAAAAGCACAAGAAUGUAGAGAAACUGUCAUUGAAUCAUCGCGAACAUUUAUUAAUGAUAUUGAAAAUAAAUUUAAUGAAUUAAAUAAACAAACACAACAACUUCAUAAAGAAAAUGACUUUAAUGAAAUUGAUUUAAAUAAUUUAAAAAAUCAAUUAAGAAAAAUUACAGAAGAACUAAAUAAUCCGUCAAAUGUUUCUAUUCGACAAGAUUCACAAGCAUUUAUUAGUGAUAUUUCGAUUAUUUCGUCAAAAAAACCAAAAUUCAACAAAUGGAAACAAAAUGGCAUCACUGUGGCUGGUGGAAAUGGACAAGGACAAGAAUUAAAUCAACUCAAUCGCCCUUUGGGCAUUUUUAUUGAUAAAAACAAAAAUAUUAUUAUUGUUGAUGUUUAUAAUCAUCGUAUUGUUGAAUGGAAACAUAAUGCAAAAGAAGGAAAAAUUAUUGCAGGCGCUAGUGGCAAAGGACUUCGAAUGGAUCAAUUGAAUGGACCAACAGAUGUGAUUGUUGAUCAACAGAAUCAUUCGAUCAUCAUUGCUGAUUUAGGGAACAGACGAGUGAUUCAAUGGUUGAAUCAGAAUCAGCAAAUUCUCAUUAACAAUAUUGACUGUUGUCGUUUGGCAAUGGAUAAACACGGAUUUCUUUAUGUUUCUGAUUAUAAGAAGAAUGAAGUGAGACGAUGGAAAAUGGGAGAAUACAAUGAAGGAGUUGUAGUGGCAGGUGGAAAUGGAAAAGGAAAUCAACUUAAUCAACUAAAUACUCCUACUUUUAUGUUUGUUGAUGAAAAUCAAUCUGUUUAUGUAUCGGAUUGCAACAAUCAUCGUGUGAUGAAAUGGAGAAAAGAUGCAAAAGAAGGAACAAUUGUGGCUGGAGGAAAUGGUCAAGGAAAAAAUCUCAAUCAAUUCUCUCAACCUCAAGGAAUAUUUGUUGAUGAUUUGGGUCAAAUCUAUGUGGCAGAUAGUGGGAAUGAUCGAGUAAUGCGUUGGUGUGAAGGAGAAGGUGAAAUUGUUGUUGGUGGAAAUGGUGAAGAAAAUCGAUCAAAUCAAUUGAAUGGUCCCAUAGGUUUAUCUUUUGACCAUGAAGGAAAUAUUAAUGUUGCUGAUCAAUCGAAUCAUCGAAUUGAAAAAUUUGAAAUAAUUUUGUGA